AUGCCAGAAAGAAUACGCGACCUCUUCUUCGCGUACGAGAACGAGUAUGGCGACUAUGAACGCAUUUUCAAGCUCACAGGCAUGCAUAUGAUCACUGAGAUGGCGACAAAGUUUACAGCGUACCAGUUCUUCAAUGAGAAACAGAAAAUUGCGGAGGAUAUGAGAAUGCACCUCAACGAGUACUUCUCCAAGCACCUCUUCGCGACGGUGGAGUCUUUGCAGAUCCAGGAGGAUGACUUGCCGGAGGCGUUCACCACGACGAUCUUGACGGCUGCCACGAGCAAGCAGAACAUCACUAGGAUGUCCAAGACCAUGGCGGCCAAGAUUGUCGAGUUCCAGACCGCGAGACAGAUUGCCGAGGCCCAGGCGAAUGUCACCAUCCAGAAGGCGAUCGGGGACCAGCAUCGCAUCAUGCAAAAUGGCCGGGCGGAUGCCGCGAUCAUCGAGGCUUAUGUGGAGGCGGAGCUGACCGCUUAUGGCAAGAUUCAUGGGGAGCUAGGACUGUCGGGUGAGGAUUUGAUCAACUACAUCUGGUACGACACACUCGGUGGUGGCGGGGUCUCUGCGGACACGCAGUCCGACAAGGAUGUGGAGAUGUUGGUGGGAGUGAACCCAAGCACGUACAUCUCCAAGUGA